CAGCAAGGGAAGGACCCGGGCCAGAAGCCCGCCCGAGCCGACUCGGGGCUGGAGGGGGCCGGCCCGGGUUCGGUGUCUCCCAAGCGUCCGCCAGAGGAGAGCCAAGCCGAGCCCGAGGAGAACGAGGAGGUGGAGAUGAAAGCCGUGGCCAUCUCUCCCGAUGGCAGGUUCCUCAAGUUCAACAUCGAGCUGGGCAGAGGCUCCUUUAAAACCGUCUACAAGGGGCUCGACACCGUCACCACGGUGGAGGUGGCAUGGUGUGAGCUACAGACUCGGAAGCUGUCGAAGGCCGAGCGGCAGAGGUUCAGUGAGGAGGUGGAGAUGCUGAAGGGUUUGCAGCAUCCCAACAUCGUGCGCUUCUACGACUCCUUCAAGUCGUCCAUCAAAGGCCACAAGUUCAUCGUGCUGGUCACCGAGCUCAUGACGUCUGGGACCCUCAAAACGUACCUGAAGAGGUUCAAGGUGAUGAAGAACAAGGUGCUCCAGAGGUGGAGCCGGCAGAUAUUGAAAGGCUUGCACUUCCUGCACACGCGCUCACCGCCCAUCAUCCACCGCGACCUCAAGUGUGACAACAUCUUCAUCACAGGCCCCACGGGCUCCGUGAAGAUCGGGGACCUGGGGCUGGCCACCCUCAAGAGCGCCUCGUUCGCAAAGAGCGUGAUAGGAACGCCAGAGUUCAUGGCCCCCGAGAUGUACGAGGAGAAAUACGACGAAGCUGUCGACGUUUACGCCUUUGGGAUGUGUCUGCUGGAAAUGGCCACCUCCGAAUACCCUUACUCCGAGUGCCAGAAUGCGGCUCAGAUCUACCGCAAAGUGACCAGCGGGGUUAAGCCAAGCAGUUUUCACAAAGUAAACGUCCCUGAACUCAAGGAGAUUAUCGAGGGCUGCAUACGGCAAAACAAUGAUAAGAGGUACACCAUACAGGAACUCCUGGAUCACGCCUUCUUCCAAGAGGAGACGGGGGUUCAUGUAGAGCUGGCCGAGGAAGAUGACGGAACCAAAUCAGCCCUGAAGUUCUGGCUACGCAUGGACGACACGAAGAAACUCCACGGCAAAUACAAGGACAACAAAGCCAUCGAGUUCCUGUUCGAGCUCUACAAGGAUGUCUCCGAGGUGGUGGCCCAGGAGAUGGUAACGCUGGGCUUUGUGUGCGAGGUCGACUACAAAGUGGUUGCGAAAGCCAUCAGGGACCGGGUGACGGACGUCAAGAGGAAGCGGGAACGAAGCCACCGGGUGCGAGAGGAGCUGAAGAAGAAGGAGCAGGAGGAGAGGCAGAAGGUGUCCGAGCUCUCGGAGGAGUCCAAGCCCGUCCCGGACGCCGCCCAGGGGGUGGCCGGGGGAAGCCAGGCGUCGCAGCCUCUACCUGCCUCGGGCUCCCCCAAACACGUGCUCAACCCCACGUUCCCUCCCGAGCCCGAGGAACCGGAAGCGGACCAACACCAGAGCUUCGUCUAUCGGCACACCGGAUACUCCUCGGCCACAUCUGACUGCGAGACCGAUGGCUAUCUAAGUUCUUCCGGGUUUCUGGACUCCAAUGAGAACAUGCACAAGGCUUCCAGCAUCUCGGCCACUCAAACAGAGAUGGGCCUGCAGUAUCCUCUGAACAUCGCUGUGUCGAUUCCCACCAAGCAACAGUUGUCACCUCACAGCGGACUGAACUCACCAGCUGACAGCUAUGCCUCCGAUGUCGCCUCUGGAAUGAGCGACGGGUACGAAGGCCUGUCUGCGGGGGAGGGACCGAGGAAGGUUCCGGCAAGACGGACGUCCAGCAAGCUCAUCCGCAGGCGAGGACGAUCCCGGCUACGGAUACUUAACAUUUCAGACAAAGGUGACCGUGUGGUGGAAUGUCAGCUGCAGACGCACAACAACAAGAUGGUGACGUUCCGGUUUGAUCUGGAGGGCGACAGCCCCGAGGAGAUUGCGGCUGUUAUGAUCAACAACGAGUUCAUCCUCCUGACAGAGAAGGAGGGUUUUGUGUGUAAGCUCCGCGACAUCAUCCACAAGGUGGAGACCCUGCUGAGCAAGGACGGGCCGGGGGACCAGACCGGACGCAGAGAGGGAACAGAGGAGGCCGACAGCCAGCAGCCCAGCCCCCCCGUGCCCCAGUACCCUCAGGGAGAAGCCCAAUUAAAUCUCUCACCAUCUCCGUCACUGUCACCGAGUGAGACAGAAGCGGCGAGCUCCGUCCUCUCCUCUCGUGAGCUGGAGUCUCCGAGCCGGAAUUUCCUGUUCAGUCCGGUGGCCGAAAACCAACCCCACGGCUCUCCAGUUUCCGAGCCGUCCUCUCAGUCGCUUGUCCACACUCCCUCUGCAGGUGGGUCAGUCGUGCACCGCCCGCCCGGGCCCGCAGAACCCGCGCCCCUCGAAGCCGGAGACGUGCCGGGAGGAGUAACGCAGCCCGGCUUCAUCCCGGCCCCCGCCGGUGGCCGGAGACCGAACGGAGCUGACGUGCUCACAGCGACGCCUCCUCAGACCGUCAGCCCGGUGUGGACUCCGCAGCCCGCGGCAGCCUGGAGCACUCCCACUCCCAACCCCACUCCCAACCCCACUCCCACUCCCACUCCCCCCAGCUCGCUCAGCCCCAGCUCGGCCCUGACUCCAGCCGCCAGCCUACAGACAGGCCCACACCCAGCCUUGCUCACCAAGGACAUGGACCCCGCGAGCCCCGAGGCCCCCCUCUACCUGCAGCCGCAGCCCAGCGCCUGGCUGCAGAACGCGCAGCCCCUCCUGUCGCUGAACGACGUGCUGUCCCUGGCCAUGAGCAUGAGCAAACUCGCUCACACCUUCCUCCCCGGGACCCCCUCAGGCCUCCCCCAGUCUCCGCACCUCUCCCCCACCCCGGUCCUUCCUCAGCCGCCGCCGGUGCCCGGAGGCCGCGGCUGGGGGCAGCAUCCCGGAGACGGGCACGGGGGAGGCGGCGGUGGGGCGGGGGAUGUGGCGAGUCUGGAUGGGCAGCUGGGAAUGAUCUUCCACGAGGGGAACAAGUCUCCGGAAAUCUGGCAGCUGCAGGACCCGAUGGCCUGGGAGCUCGCCCACGCCCACGGCUUCCCCUCGCCGUCGGCCAAAGGGACGGGCUCGGAUCCACGCCCGUUAGUCGCGCACAGCGUCGGAGGUUUCACGGGCAGGACUCCCUCGUAUCUUCAGUCGUACCCUCCAACACUCCACUUCCUCGAUCAUCAGCAGUACGUCUACGUCAGAAAGUGCUACAGCCCAGGUGUCCCCACCAGCCCAGCAGCCCCAGAGACUCCGUGCCAACCGGUCGCACCGCUUCCGAAACCCUCCGGCACAGACGGGAAGGACAGCCAGGUUUCCUUGUUAGAUCUCAGCCCCAAAGGCCACGUCACUGAAACCCUGACGUCCAAAGCCGAGCCGUGUCUCCUGUCUCCCAUCACCGAGGAGUUCAAAACUUUCCAGCUGCCGCCCUCCCCCCAGCCCGUGAUGGUCGGACGCUUUGAGGUGUUGAAGGCUGCGGACCCUGUGUCUGGCGUUUCGGGGACCCCGGGAGAGACCGGGGCCCGACCGGCCCCAACUGUCACGAGCGACUCCCACAACCAGGGGGCCGGGGGGACUGUCUCUGGGGGUCCGGCGGUGGAGGACAAAGCCGCCUGCUAUAGGCCGUCGGACUCUGGCGGGGAGGGCUGCCCCCCCUCGGCCCCCCAGCAGGCCUGGCCCCAGGGCCCCCGGCCCUCCAUCUACGUCAGCAGCGACGACUCGGAGAGCGACAACGAUGAGAUCUUUGAGGAGCUGCAGAGCCUGAGAGAGAAGCACAUGGCGGAGGUGCAGAAGCUGCAGGCCGUGCAGAAGAAGGAGAUCGAGGAGCUGUACGAGAAGAUGGGGAAGGUGCCCCCGGUGGGCAUCGUCUCGCCAGCCGCCAUGCUGUCCGGGAGGCAGAGACGUCUCUCCAAGGGCAACUUCAACCAAUCUCGACGCAACAGUUUACAGCGACUCGAACCUUUACAAACAACGGGGUUUCGAAGGAACUCGCUGAGCGGCACCAAUGGACCCUUAGACCCCCGUCAGACACAGCUGACUGUGGCCAACUUCCUUUGUUGAAGGGGAGGGGAGAGAGAGAGAGGAGGAGGGAGGAGAGCGGAGAGGAGGAAGAGGAGGAGGGAGGAGGAGGAAAGUGGACGGGAACCGGCUGAUCUCCGGAGACCCGCACGGCAAAAUCGGCGCGAUCCCGGACCGGGCAGGAGAGGGCAGGGAGGGCAGCGAGCGCCCCAGAGCCGGCCUUCAACCGCACCGGAGAGGAACGGCGGGACGGGCGACGACGCGAGGAGCGAGGGGCCGACCGACGCCCGGCUGGGAGUGCGGGGAAGACACGGCUGUUUCCGUGGCACACGCGCGUAGAUUGCGGUACACGUGUACAGGCAGCGCUCCGGCUGGCGUGAGGGGCGCUCUGCAAAUGCAAGCUGUUGUCAAUGUCGUUCUUGCGUGUCGGGAGUACGCGUGUGUGUGUGUGUGUGUGUGUGUGUACACGUGAGUAUUGGGGAGACUGCAGCGUGUACCGUACGCACACGUGUGUACACUGGCUUUUCCACUCUGCCGUUGGUGGAGGGAAAAAAUCCCUUACGGAAGGAUGAACGGAAGGUCCCUUUCCCGCUGGGAGAUCGCCAACAGCAACUUGCCUGGUCCGCGUUCAGAAGGAAUCCUUCGAGGAGAAAUCACGGUACGAUCCAAAGGUUAUAAGGCAGUCGGGGCGAGCGAGCGAGCGAGGGAGGGAGGGACGGAGGGGGGGAACGAGAGAAGGAGGGAAGGAGGCAGGGAUGCGGGGAGAGAUGAAGAAUUUAUUAUGGAGUGUAACAAGGUGUGUUCAAAACCUUAUUUGAUUUGAAGGCGCCGUGUCUCGGGCAAUCAAUUCGCCCACGAACUAUGCACACGGUCGAUCCACUUCACAGUACAUUUCAGACCUCUCGACGACGUGAUCAGGCGUCGCGUCAAACCCAAGGAUUAUUGUUGUCGUUAAUACGAUAAAAGCCUCACCGAAAGCCUUAUAACUCUGCCCACGAGCUGCCGAUUCGUUAAAGGAGGUUCACGCAGAUGUGAACGCCGUGCAAUAGCGCUGUAACCACGUGUCGCUGUCCAUCUCCUGUUCGCCGGAACCCGUCAAGAGGAUCGGACGUCGAAUCCGUACUUAACGGGACAUGUUUUUCGAACCAAACCUUCGUCUCUCCCGUUCUCCGCUUCGGAGCGGGCAACGCCAUUUAGAAUCGAUGGAAAUAUUAAUUUACGCUCGGACCUACCCGCAACCCGGAAAGCCUGAAUCGAACGACGCCGGCGGUCAAUGAAGGCGCGAGCGCGUGUGGGUACAUGUAGACGUACAUGUGGGUACAUGCGGAGAUGUUGGGAGUACGUGCGUGUAGUGGGGUACGUGUGCAAUGGUGUGUGUGUGUGUGCGCGUACGCAUGGGUAUUGGGAAGACUAGUGUGUACACACGUGCACACACCCUCUUGAAGGUGACUUAAUAGGACGGUGCGAUGACAGCACGACUUAUUGUGUACCAGGUUUACCCACCGAACGUCAACGUCAACAACAGAUAUUUAAGUGUAAUUAGUAUUAAAAUCCGCCUUUGAGAUUGUUUUGGGGGGGGAUUCACGAGCUGAUGUUCUCCCGUGGUGACUUGGGGCCUUUUGUGGGGGGGGGGGGGGUGGUUGGUGAAUAAGAGAAUAACUGAGUGCAAACAAUGUUCAACCAGAGGCGUAUGAGCAAGUUUCCUUACUCCGCACACACGCGCGCCUCGGUUUACCUAAGCAGUAUAAGUAGAACCCGGUUGUCAGUCGAUUGGCGGAUCGCUUCUCAGGGGGUAACCAUCCCUUUGAAUAAAUAAACGAACAAAUAAAUAAUAAUAAUAAU